GAUUGGUGUAGAGCUGUUGACGUCAGCUAGAGGAGGGCGGGGCUAAAGGAGGAAAAAGCAGCUGUUGAUCAGCUGGACUGAAACUGGAUCCGAGUUCCGAACCUACGGCAGAACGUUCAGAACCGGGAACCGGUCCAGUGGUCCAGAGAACCCAGCAGAACCAGCAGCGGUGCCAGAUUGGACCUGAAGGAUCCGAACGGUUCUGCAGAACUCCUGGCGAACGGAACCGGUCCAGUCAGGAUCAGUUAGCUUCUCACAGAUGGGGGCCCAGGUCUCGGUUCCGGACGGGGUCCACGUGGUGGUGGUUGGCGGCGGGUUCGGCGGCAUCGCGGCGGCGCAGCAGCUCCGUUCGGCCGGGUUCGACUUCACCCUGCUGGACCUCCGGGACUCCUUCCACCACAACGUGGCGGCGCUGCGGGCCUCGGUCCAGCCCGGCUUCGCCCAGCGGACCUUCAUCCCGUAUGUGGAGACGUUCGGAACCAGCUUCCUGCAGGGCCGCGUGGAGCGCGUGGACCCGGAGAGGCAGCUGGUGGUUCUCCAGGGAGGCAGGGAGGUCCAGUACUCCCACCUGAUCCUGUGUACUGGUUCUGAUGGUCCGUUCCCUGGGAAGUUCAACACCGAGGCGUCGCUGCAGGACGGCAUGACGGCGUACGAGGACAUGGUGGGACAGAUCCAGGCGGCGGACUCGGUUCUGGUGGUCGGGGGCGGAGCUACAGGGGUGGAGAUGGCGGCUGAGAUCAAGACGGAGUAUCCAGAUAAGAAGGUGGUUCUGAUCCACUCCAGGAUCGGGCUGGCCGACCCGCAGCUGGUCCAGAGCGUCAGGCAGCAGGCCAAGGAGGUUCUUCUGGAGAAGGGAGUGGAGCUGGUUCUGGGUCAGAAGGUGUCCAACUUGUCGGAGCUGCCACUGAACCGGACCCAGAAGAACCUGCAGGUCAGAACGGACAAGGGGGAGACUCUGGAGACGGACCUGAUCAUCUGCUGCACUGGCACCAGGAUCAACUCUGGAGCCUACGCCUCCAGCCUGGCGGGCAGCAUGGCUGCUGAUGGGGCGCUGAAGGUCAACCAGUACCUGCAGGUCGAGGGUUUCUCCAAUAUCUUCGCCGUUGGCGACUGCGCCGACCUGCGUGAGGCGAAGCUGGCGUACCACGCCGGCCUCCACGCCUACAUCGCCGUGUCCAACAUCAUCAGCAGCCUGAGCGGGAAGCCGCUGACGCCGUAUCGCACAGGUUACGUCUCCAUGCUGCUGGCGAUGGGCCGAGACGACGGCGUGGGCCAGUUCAACGGUGUCCGGCUGCCCCGCUGGCUGGUCGCCCUGGGGAAGAGCCGUGACCUGCUGCUGUGGAAGAGCUGGAGGGAGAUGCAGCAGAAGCAGCCCUGAUGGUCUCCAUGGAAACGCCUGAGGAUCACCAGCAUCACCUAGUGCCUAUCGCUCUGACCUCUGACCUUAAAGCUUAACAGCAUAACAUGUUAGCAGCUGUUUCACUCAUGAUUAUCGUCCAAACUGAUGUUUUUCUCUUCUGCAUUAAUAACCUCUGAAUAUAAACAACUUUUUACUGAAUAAACUCAACAUGUUGAAAAUG